UGGCUCUGCACUGCACCGGAGUCUUUCUUUAAGCAUUACGUGAAAUUUCAUGAACUGAUACUGACUUGAAAAGAGGAUGCAGCCACACUUGUUAGUUACUGAGCCUAGGGGAGCACGCUGCAUCUGUGGCAGUCAUUUCAAGGGGUUUUUUUUCUCUUUAGCUGCUUUGUGAACGUUUCCUUUAAACUUUAUUUAGAGACAUCAGUAUGCGUUUUCUGCAGUAAAUAAUUCUAAAAUGUUCUGUAGAAAUACAUUUAGGACUGCUUGUGUUUUUUUGUCUCCUUGUGCUGAAGUCACUUUAAAUCCAUCACCCCAGCCUGUAGAGCCGUCAGGCAGAAAUCUUCCUGGGAAGGUAGAUGAGUUCUUCCUGCAUCAGUUUUGCUUGAGCAUGCUGAAGGCAGCCAUGUAAUAAGGUGUAGUAAUGAAACCUGUUGGAAUUUUAGAGGAGCACCUGGUUCCUUUGAUCUUGCUAAUGAGCAAUGAUUCAAGUGCUACAGAUUGUAAAGGAUCUGGUGUCGCCAGCAAGACGGAGAACAGAUGCUGCCCGGAAAGGUGCAGAUGCUGAGCAGGAUGCUGCUAUCAAACUUGCCCAGGAACGAGCGGAGAUAGUUGCCAAAUAUGACAGAGGACGUGAGGGGGCUCAGAUUGAACCGUGGGAAGAUGCUGACUACCGUCUGUACAAAGUCACAGAUAGAUUUGGGUUUCUACAUCCAGAGGAGCUUCCUGUCCAUGAUGUGGUGAUAGAAAAGCAAAAGCACCUUGAAAUUGAAAGAACUACAAAAUGGAUUAAGAUGCUGAAAAGCUGGGAAAAAUACAAGAAUAGUGAAAAGUUUCAUAGGAGAAUUUAUAAAGGAAUCCCACUGCAGUUGAGAGGACAAGUCUGGUCUUUGCUGCUUGAUGUUCCUAAGAUGAAAGAAGAAAUGAAAGACUUUUAUAAUAAACUGAAAUGUCAAGCACGAGGGUCUUCGCCAGAUAUUCGGCAAAUUGAUCUUGAUGUGAACCGGACGUACAGAGACCACAUCAUGUUUAGGGACAGAUAUGGUGUAAAGCAACAAUCUUUGUUCCAUAUUUUAGCUGCAUAUUCCAUAUAUAAUACGGAAGUUGGAUACUGUCAGGGAAUGAGCCAGAUCACAGCUUUGCUCCUGAUGUUCAUGAAUGAAGAAGAUGCCUUCUGGGCCUUGGUGAAACUUCUCUCUGGUCCAAAGCACGCUAUGCAUGGUUUUUUUAUUCCUGGUUUUCCAAAACUGAUGAGGUUUCAGGAACAUCAUGACAAAGUACUGAAGAAAUUUUUGUCCAAACUUAAGCAGCAUUUGGACUCCCAGGAUAUGCCCACCAGCUUUUACACAACCAAGUGGUUUUUCCAGUGUUUUCUUGAUCGUACUCCCUUUACAUUAAGCCUCAGGAUAUGGGAUAUCUACAUACUUGAAGGAGAGCGGAUUCUCACUGCUAUGUCUUACACAAUUCUGAAACUGCACAGAAAGCAUCUGAUGAAAUUACAAAUGGAAGAGCUUGUAGAAUUUCUGCAGGAGUCUUUAGCCAAGGAUUUCUUCUAUGAAGAUGACUUUGUAAUAGAGCAGCUCCAAAAUUCUAUAUCAGAAUUGAAACGAGCAAAGCUGGAUUUACCAGUAGCUGGUAAAGAAGAUGAAUUUCCAAAGAAGCCAUUGGGGCAGAUUCCAUCAGGACCUUCACCUUCUGUGCUUAACUCCACUCCAAUGCUUAAUGGACAGAACAGUACUGGUACUCAAACAGCAAGAAGGACAGAGAGAAGACCAUCCAUGGAAGAAGAACAAGAAAGUUCACCAAAUGACCGAAAAAGAAUUAAUUCGAUGGAAAAGAAACCUUCUUUAAAACAGCAAAAGAUUCGACCAGUAGAGACACAAAACAGUUUGCCUAAGAAUGACAUAGAUACCAGAAAAAAGCCUCAGCUAACAGACCAAGACAACUCGAGUCUAUACAAUAAUGCAGCUGCUAAUCAAAAUUCUAAUGCUACUUCCAAUACCAGAAGGGAAUUUGUACCUAAGUGGAAUAAACCGUCUGAUACCAAAAUAAUGGAAAAGACAAUGAAGCUCACUGCAGAGGUGAAAGGGAGGCCAGUAAACCAUUCUGUUUUGGGCCCACCACCAAGUCCUGGAGAAGUGCAGCCUUUGAAUGUAAAGCAAAAGGUGAGGGUUUUGGAUGCUGAUGAAGGUAAGCGAGGGUCUAAUGCAUCUCAGUAUGACAAUGUUUCAGAGGAUGAAACUGAGAGCGAGAAUCUUGUUGAAGAGGUGAUUGAGAGAGCUCAUCCACAAAGUCCUGGGCAUGUAGCAUUUUCUAAUAGUCCAAGGAAGCAAAUGGAAAAAAUACCAGCUCCAUUAAAAAUACCCAAUAAUUACGUCUUCACUUCACAGCCCAGAUCUCCAAAAUAUGCAUCUCAGUCUGAUGGUCCAUCUCAUGGACUGAAUGUAAAACAGCCACUGCCAGGUUAUAGUAAUCCCCCUACUUACUAUGGGAAUUCUCCAAAGCACGUUUCCAGUAUAGGCAAUACAAGUUCUUCACCUCUGCAUUACCACGGGAAUCGACCCAGCCCCUCUGGAAGGCCAUACCCUUUUAUGUCAGUAGAUUAUUCCCCAAACAAGCUGCAAAUGAAUUCCUAUCCUGCCAGUCGCCAAAAUCCUCUUUCACCAGCCCCUGCUCAGACAGAAGUUGCUCCUGUUGAUGCUUACACCAGCAGCUUGAGGUCCUCUCCAGGUGUCAAAUUCAUAAUCCCUCCAGCAGAUUAUUUACCAGAUGAGAGAAAGUGGCCAGAUGCCACCUACAUCUACAGACACGAACCCUACAGGCAGCCCUGGAGCCAAGACCUUAACAAAGGUCACUUGGAUAAUUUCCAGAAGUACCAGCAUUUCCAGCCAACACCUUUACAAGACCGCAGUCUUCCUCCUGUUUCUGUGGAUAGUCCAGUGAGAUACAGGACUUCCCCAACCUUGGAAGAGAAUGGUUCCCCACAGUAUCAAUAUCCAAGCCCAUCAGCUCAAGCCCAACACUAUCGGAGCAGAACUGAUGGAUUGUCUAUGCAUGAAUCUGUGCUUCUCUGAGAACCUGGCUAUGCUUAGUGAAAUGGCAAGAACCAAAACCAGUUGAACAGUACUGUGUUAGUAGUAGUCCGCCUCUGAAAUGUGGAUGGUUCAUGUGAGUUCAAAAAUAAUGACACUAUUUCAGAGAUGUUUCAGGCUUUGGUUGGAAGCUGGUGGAGUUCUUGGACUUGCAUGGAAGCUACUGGAAGUGAUGUAAUGCACAUAGACAUAGCAAUAAGCUCAUAUACACCGUGUGGUUCAUGCUGUCGUCUCUCCUUACAUUUUAAAUAACUUGUGUUACAAUCCUUCUGCCUAAAACCUGUAACACACUGAAAAGUUUUAUUUUGACUGACAUUGUUAAUGCACUGUACAGAUGUGUGUGUGUGCGCCUGUGUGAGUGUGCACUUACAGUACACAAACUCAUGUGGAAAAGAGCUAAAGAGUUUAAAUUUAAAUGCAUUUAACUUUGGGCAAAGCUCGUGAAGUACUUUAAUUUCAUAUUAAUUUUUCUUUGUAAUUUAUUUAAGAAGCCAUUCAUUUUGAAUGGGAAUUUCUCUCAUUUUUAUACAGCUGCCUCAGCAUCCCAGUAUCUGUUCUGGGCAGGAGAGAUGCUUUGGGAUUAUUAAUUUAAUCAUGUGUGAGAGUUAAUUUCCUCUCCUUUGACUACUGUUUGUCCUUUUCCUCAGCAGGAAGGAGCAGGCAGGGAAAAGCAGAAAGCCAAAAAUGUCUCUCUAAUCUGGCUAAGAAAUGGUGCUUAAAUUCAGGGCAGUGUUUAGGGGGUUUUUUAUAAGUGCAUCAGAAGUGGAGAAUUUGUACCUUCUCAUCCAAAUCUACCUUCAGAAUGUCGUUGUAUAUGCAGAAGACUGGAGCACAGUGAGACUAAUGCCAGAUACAGAAAUGGUGCUGCACCCUUCACGUUUUGCCAUGCUGUGCUGUGAGGCUAAAACUGGUUGCAGGGCCAAAUCUCACAGGUAUCAGAGAAUUGUGCAGCUCAUUGACACCUCUGUGAAGUGCAUGAAGGAGAUUGAGCUUUGCUCCAGGCUCGAUAUGUAUCUAUGUACUGUGUGAGUAUGCAGUGUCCUUUCUCCUAAGCUUUGUUGAGUGGACUCUGUUGUGUUCUGCCCUUUUUCCCCCCAAAUUGCUGGCGAGUUCAUGUUUGUGAUGGGACUUGCACUGUGUGGUGUUUUACACCAAAAUGACCCUGACUGUUGUUAACAGGAACCUUAAACUCCUGCUGAUGUAAGUAAUUCUAAUUAGCGUUCGCAGCCUUUUUUACUUUGUGUUUUCCUUUCUUUGAAUGUGAAUUGGGGGUGGAAUUAAAAGCAGGUGAAGUGGCACAUGUAGGAUGGAGUCCUGUGAGCUGCAGGACGUGCUGACCUCUCACCGGGAGCUGAGGCAGAGGGGGGUCUCGCCAGGAGAGGUCCUUGGAGUACUGAACAGAGAGUUUUCUCUAAUACUGAAGUACUAAACAUUGGUAUCAACACCAGUUUGGAAGGUUGUCCUGUUCCCUUCUGUUUUGUAAGGUUUGUUAACUGAAAACAUAGAAACAGAUAUUAUUUUUGUUUUCUUUAAACAAUGAGCUUUAGUGCCUAUUAUUGCUGCAGGUUGGCUCUGUAAGUUUUAAGGUACAGAAGUAAAACAAUUUUUACAAAUGGAAGUAACAUUUACUUAGUAUGUUUCAAAACAAUUUUUUGUGUAUAUAACGUGUCUGAUGUAAUUUUUAAUAACUGGGCAAUUUUAUAUUUUAAAUAUUGAAACCGCAGCGAAGUAACUGUAGCCAAGCACUACACUGAAAUCCUAAACUAAAAUUGUGAAGAUAAAUAUGACUUGGGCUUACUUUAGUUCUGAUUGCUUACAGCAGCUUAGAAAUGUAUGUAUAUAAUAUUGUGGCUAAGUGUAAUAAUCUCAGUGUUUAAUGAUGGUUCUGUAAUUCAUAACAAAGCUGUACAAUUUAUUUGUGCAAACAACAUGAGGCUCCAAAAUAUGUAUCAGCGUUAGUAAAUAAUGUAGAUUUUUAUAUAUAAAAUAUAUACACACUAUUUUCUUAUUUCAUCUACACCAGUUUUAUAACUGUGUACCUAUUUUGAUGUGACUGUAUUUUUAACAUGUUAAAAUAAUAAUAAUUAAGCUUAUGUUGUGUUGUCUUUCUUCUUAAUUAUUCGAUUAGCUCCAAACUGGACUUUUGCUAUUCUCAACACAAACAAUUGCUUUUCAUAAAUGAAUCAUGUGUAUAUAUAUGAUGUAUCCUAUUUAAUUUGUACAUGUUUAUUUUUAGAUUAAGCAGUGUGGAUACAAUCUAUAUAGUGUUUUUGCAUUAUUGCAGAAGUUGCAAGAUUAUUGAUUAUAGUUUAUUACACUGCUAAACCUUAGCCUAUCAUUUGCAAAAACUGGGAGCAUAAACUGUGAUCAUAAUUUUCUGGUUUUGUUCUAAUAAUCUCACCCAAUACCAGUUUAAAAGAGAAUUGUUGGCAUAAGGAGUUUGCAAAGUUGCAUUGAUCUAAGUGCAAAAUAAUAGUCUGACUGUGGCUUCCAUCUCUCACAUCUGGAGGAUGCUAUUGAGUUAUUUUAAAAAAAAAGCAAUCCAGCCUUGUGUCAUCUGAUUGUAGUGCAAAAUACAUUUUUAUUUUUAUUUAACUGGACAAACCAGGCUCAAGGUACAACCAGAUUUGAGUCUGUCAUUCGUACCAGUAACAAAACCCACUUGAUGCAGAGUGAAGUGAGACAAAGCUGUUCCAGUGCCUUGCUGAUAGAGGGGUUCAUCUCGGUGUCAUGGAUUAGACAUCCUCAUAAGAGCUUUUGUUGUCACUGUUUGAUCUGAAAACAUUGGAGGGGUAAGUAUCAGCAUUAAAUAUUUGAGACAUUUUCUUUCUUCCUAUGGUUUCAUAAUUUUCCAAGAUCUCUGCUUUGAGCUGUAUAAACUGUAGGUUUUUUGUCCAAGUCAGUUGUCACGACAUUCCUUGUGGUUGAUGAGACAAAUUCUGCGCAGGGAUUUGGAGAACUAACACAGAGGAACACAGAAGACUAAGUAAAGAGACAUAACUAACUUCUGUAUGGCAAAAAAUUAGUGAAAUUAAACUAAUUAGGGUUUAAAGAGAAAAGAAAGGACACUGAGUAUAUUCUGUGGUUGCCUUUCCUUUCACUUGGAUGCUCUGCUAGAUUAGAUCUAAUGACUUCAGUGCGGUACUGAAGCACUUCAGUCUUGUGCAGUAAAAAUUGUUGUGGCUAUGGAAUAAAAAUGGGAAAGGAUCAUGGUAUCACUGGUACUCUUAAACUUUUUGGUGAGUGGGAUGCGAUUGCAAGAUCCAGGUGCUUGCUUACCUAUAUAACCAAGAUAGGUUAUACACUGCAAAUGAAGACAGAAGCCAUCCCUGUUCCUCCUUCCAGGGGAAGAUUUUGGCAUCAGAUUUGGUGAUCAAUCUGAAUCUAAACCCUAGCCUGGGCAGCUAAGGAAGAGAAUCUGACCUCAGGAAAGUUCUUUCCUUUUCCUCAGAUCCAUCUGUGGUCAGUCUAUACUUUAGGGAAGGCAACAUGAGGAAAGGGAAAACCUGUUUAGCCAGUAGUCUGUUAAGGAGAAUAUUCUCUCCUACAUCUGCUGAUGACUACUUAAAGCCUUAAAGCAUGAUAUUAUUUGCAGUUGUUUCAAAAUUAUCAGACUGGAGUGGACAGUCCUAUUUUUCUCAGGGCUAAGAUAUGUAAAUGCCAGUUACCUCUGUAAUACCUGUCAGCAGGAUGAAUCCCUUGUUGUAAAAGUAACUGCUCUAUCACUAUCAGUUAAGUUUCAAGACAAGUAGCCGGAGAUUUUUAGAAAUCAUGGAGGAUGCAAGAGAGAAGUACCUUAUUGCAAGUCAAAGAUACACUGUUGUAGUAAGCCACAGAAUAAUUCCAAAAUUAGAUGCAAACAGUAAACAACAUUGAAAUGUCAAAAGACAGAACAGCCUUCCAGUAUGGGGGAGCAAAUCCAAAGCUUCCCUGAGGUACAUACACAUUUUCCAGGGAGAUUUUUCUCAAGAAUCCUAUCCUGAAUUUCACAUCAUCUUCAAUAUGACUUUGAAAUGGACUUGCAAAUUGCAGACUUUUUUUUUUUUAAUCUCCCCCUUGGGUGGCAUUACACUGCAUGCACAAAGAAGAAUACUAUUUAAAAUAUGCCAUCAAACGCCCACCGUUUCAUUUCCAGCAGAGAACAUUCCACUUUCGAUACUUCAGUGAGAGGAAAAUAUAAUCUUUUUUUGUAGUCCUUUAAAUACUGCAUUUUUGUAAAGUUCUGUAAAUGCAGCAUGGUUACAGUUUAACAGCUACUUAACCAAGUAUCAUUCAGUCUCCUCUUUAGAUGGCAUGAAGCUACUGCAUAAUUUGCUGCAGUUACUUUUUUCUUUUGGGCAAUAUUAAGACAAUCCAAAUGCUUUUAGUGGCAGAGUUGCAAUGAGAAGAUGACUAGGCCAACAAUUGAAAUUGGAAAUAUAAUUGCAGUCAUUUUGGAAUAGCCUUUAAGUGACUGCCAAAUCCUGGGAAAGACACCAUUUUCUGGGUUCUUUGUGCCAAGAGAACUUACUGCAGCAGGGAACACGUAGGUCCCUCUCCUGAGUGAUUUGAUUGUCUCUGCUCACACCAACAGCUUUUCUUUGUGCUUAUGGAGUUAAUAUGUUAGUAGAAAAUCAAUGGAACUUUUAGAAUGAAUAAUCAGAAAACAAAGCUAUCUUGUUCUGACUUCUUUCUUCCUUUUUUUUGUUAGUUUGUUUUACUGACUUUAUUGUCAGCCUUGUCAAGGUGAGCUGUGUGUGAUGCGAUUCUUUUGUCUUCUUUCUCUAAUAAUGUGCCAACAUGUGUUUUUUCAGAGGCUUUGUGAUGCCUUUUUGCUGCUGUUUCUGCUGUACAUCAGAGGUUAUUGUUUGCCUCUUCAGCAUUUCCUUUCUAGAUUAUGUGCAAAUUAAGAGAACAAAAAUUAUAUUCUUAGUAUUGCAGUUGGUCGUAAAUUCUCCAGAAAAGUAAUUCUUGACAGAAAGCAAUUGAAUUUGGCAGUUGGUGAAGGAUGCUGUAGUGGGGGAGACUUUUGUACAAGUCUGUGGAAUCCAAAGUCUAAAGUUGCUUCUGCCUGGGGUCAAGCACCAAAAAUCAUAUUACACACAGACCAAGGAAGGGUUUUUUGCAAAAUGCUGUGUCCUGCCACAGAAACAUGCCAGCUUGGAGCUACAGCUGACCUCCUGCCAGUAUAAUAUGUUUGAUGUGGUUAAGUAAAUAACCUGUUUCCUAGUAAUGUAUUGCUUUUGUCAGAUUUUUCUGCUGGAAAUGAGGUAAAGAGUUAAAGCCUGGGCUAGGAACUGGGAGCUCUUUUCUUUAAUUAGGAGAGCUGAUGUUUGCUUUUGGUUCAAACCAUCCACUUCAAACAUUGUAUUUGUAAGUUCAGCAAUAUCUUUUCAAAUAAUUUGUGGUAUUGUCCCUUAGGACUUGGGUUUUUUCAAUAACAGAAAGUCUGUUAGAUUACUUUGUCUAAUCUGUACCUUUUUUUUUAAACUCCCCUGUUCCCAUAUUUCCCUAAAGAGAACUCAGAUCUGAGAAUGACACCACAGGUAGUAAGUGAUCUCCAGUGCUACCAUCAGGUGGGUUGGGUGGUAUUUUCAGGCAUGUUAGCACUCAGCAUGAAAAGUGGGGUUUUGGUAAGUGGAAAAGCUUUACUGGUGCAAGGUUGCCCUUGCACCCAUCAGCAAUGUGUGUUUUAUAGCAAAACUCACAGAUCUUUGAAGCAGAAGGGCUGGUUCUCAAACAUGCUGAUGCUUAGCUGCCUUAACCUUGAGGAGUAGAGUUCGAAUGAAGCUUGUUUCUAGCAACAACCUCGGUUUUCUUCCCCUGAAAUUUCACAGGGAAGGAAACCACAAGGAUCAUCGAGCCCAGCUCCUGGCCCUGCACAGGACACCCCAUUGUCCAAAUGCUUGAGUUCUCUCAGGCUUGGUGCUGUGACCACUUCUCUGCGCAGCCUGUUCCAGUGCCCAAACAGGUGAAAAACGUUUUCUAUAUCCAACCUAAACCUUCCCUUACACAACUUCAGACCAUUCCCUGUCACUGUCAGAGCAGAGAUCGAUGUCUGCCCCUCUUGCCCUCACAAGGAAGCUGUAACUGCAAUGAGGUCUCCCCUCAGUCUCCUCCAGGCUGAACAGACCAAGUACCCUCAGCUAUUCCUCAUAUGGCCUCUAGACCCUUUACUAUCCUUGUUGCCCUCCUUUGGGCGCUCUCUAAUAGUUUAACAUCUCCCUUCAAUUGUGGCACCCAAAUCUGCCAACACUACUCAAGGCCAGCAGUAUCCUGGCUGAAACAUCAUGGAGAGCCUGUGCUCUCAGAGAAGGGGAAUUUGGGUCUGUUCUGGAAGUCAGCAGGUUCAAGUUCCUGGACACAAGUCCCAUGAAGGGUAACCUAGCACAAACUGGGUAUUGUGUUCAAUAUAUUAAAGUGGUUUUAAAACAGUCCCCUUGGCCUCAGUGUUCUUCAGGGACAACUCACCCAAUCAACUUUUCAGUCUCCAAAGAAAGCGCCUGUGUUAGAAGAUCUUGCUUUGAUGUUAUUUGUUCAGACUUUGUGUCUGGAACUCCUGAAACCCUUCAGAGUGCUUUCUCUUUUUGUUCCCUAGGUUUUACUGUGUCAGAUUUUUUCCCAUCUGAGUUUUUUUCAAUUCCAGUAGAAAUGUCCACCUGUUUGCUUCUCCAGUGAAUGAGUUUUCUUUCAAUUCUUGUGUCAGCCUGUCACGAGCUUCCUGCAUUGUGUUAAUUCAUUGCAUUCUCCAAUCCAUCUCAAAGUCUGUCUUCGUAUUGCAGCACUGUCACUUUGCUUUGGAGAAAACACUGAAAAAGUACAAAGUACAUGAUUUGGAGAUCAUAAAACAGAAAUUAUGAGUGUAAAAGCCAAUCAUAAGCACUUUAGAAAGGUCUAUCUGGUGGUUGUGCUGUGAGCAGCACCUGCAUCGUAAGUGAUACAGAUGCUUAUCUAUUAUCCCGUUAAUUGGAAGGGCUUGGAUGAUCAGUGGCUUUGCUCAGCUCUUUCCCAGUGAUACCUAGCUUGUGUGGGAGGUUGUGUCCAUGAUUUGACAGUUUGAUGCUGGUCAGCACAAAGCAGCAAGUCAGCCUUUAUUGGAUGGCUGAGCACAGAAUUCUCUGUAAAUAUUUCAUCACAUAUAGUGAAUAAAGAAGGAAUAGUCUCUCCUUGCCAUAGAAUGAGUAUGCUCACAGCUACAGAAAGUAAUUUGUGGCUGCUGGACUUGUACAGAGCUAUGCCCCAACUUCUUUGAUGCUUUACAUUGUGAUUUUGCUGUGUAAUGUGUAAAAGUGCAGCAGUUACCUCUGGUGUGCUUUUUGCCGUGCAGUUGAGCACCCGGCUGGGCAGCAUCCAUCCUGCCUUCUCCCUUUGCUUUCCUGAUGGGUUCAGUUUCUGUUUGGUACACCAAGUCUGAGAGGGGAAGAAUUAGCCCUUUGUCUGCUCUAAGUAUUCAUGGCUCCUCCUGGGUGCUGGUUGUGGGGUUUAUUGGUUUUGCCACAAAGCUUUAGAAUACAUUCAGUUUUUGCAUUCCCUGGUCCUCCCCACUCUAUCUAUAUUAUGCUGAAUGCUAAAGGAGAGGGGAAAAAUCGUGAUUUCUGGACUUGACCUGCUGGAAGUUGUGCAGCUCUGUCUGCUCCCCACAGAGAAAAGUUCUGGUAGCCAAACUUCAGAAAGGAACAAAAUAGUUUUGCUCUUUAAAUGCCAUUAUAAAACCCCAUGAUUUCAGUGACUGGGUGGGGUGUCACGCUGGGCACACAUUUAUCAUUGUAAAUGUUAGGUCUGAAAGGCUUUGAAAUGCUUUCAGAACGUGUGAUUUUGGGCACAUAAGCAGAUCACUUUUAUUAUAACCUUCAUGUUACACUCAAUGGGGUUGGUCAGGUGAUGUUUUUCCCUGUUCAUUUAAGUGGUUUCUUACAGAGGCCUUUGAGUUCCAGAAUAAUGUUCUGUGCAACCCCGGUAAUUACUUUAUUAUUAACUGGAAGGCCAGGUGCCCUUGUCUACCUCCCCUUUUAGGAGUGAAUCAUGUUCUGAUAUUAAAAUGACCCUAAGCUGAGAUCUCAAGUUUCCUUUCCAGCUGGACUAAUGGGGCUUGUAGGAGGGAAGCCAAACUUCCAUGACUGCUAAUUAUCCUCAAAUUGGAUUAAUAAAGGAAAAUUACUUAACUACCCAUCCAAGGAUGGAGAGUUAGCUGUACCUUUGAAAAGACUUGCCAGCUGCUAACAAGGUACAGUUGAACUGGAUUUGCCUUUUUUAAACAUACCUUGGGUAUAUCCCCUGAGCGUAUGCAGAAGGAUUCAUCCUUGUGUGUGCUGUUUUCUGGAAGGGCUCAGCAAAAUCUUAGCUGGCAAGUUGGCCACCUCAGUAGAUGUCUUUGGAACUAAACCAAGGACUGUGUUUCCAUCUAUGAGCCUAACCCAUGACCUGUGGAGGCCAUUGGGGAUUUAUAAGUAAUUUUUAAGGGGUUUAUCUUCAGAAAAGAAAGGUGAGCUGUCUGAACUUCUGUCUUGCAAUUCUUUUCUCUUUAAGCAAUACUGUGGAUUGCUGUGGGGUUGAAAUUUUUUCCAGCCAAAAGAGCAAGCAGUGCUCAGUGCUAAAGGAGCACUUUCCAUGAUGGUGAUCCUGUGAGGGAAUUGCAUUUAAUUAUUUUAAAUUAUUGAAGCAGGACAAAGAGUUGUGUCCAACCUCUCAAGUGACUUAGUACCCACUCUUCUUCAUAUAAUUUGAGGAGCCACUAUCCAUGUCACUUAGGAAGGCAAGCAAGAAUUCCUGUCUUUAUAUCCUUGGCAUCUGACAGAUGCUCAGUUUUACCAUUAGCAUAGCUGAGCUACUUUAUAAAACCUCCCCAGCCUGGAUCUUCUGUCUGACACUUCCUUGGUAGUGUUGUUUAUAUAAAAAACCUGCAGCCCUUUUAUUUUUAACUCCUAUGUUAAUGAUGGGGAUGCUUAGGGAGAAAUUCCCUCUUUGCUUUUUUGCCUUUGCUGUGAAAAAAAUAAUAAAUGCUUGUCAGCCUAACAAGAUUUCAAGUCCCUCCCCUGCUCUGCAACAUUUAAUUCCUGAGGUGUCUUUGUAACUGCAUUUUAUUGUGCUGAACAGAAUUUCUCAAAUAUUUUCUCUCACAUCAACUUGUGAUAAGUCUAGUCUGACCUUCUGGACUUACUGCUUGGGACAUUGUUUAUCAGGUACUGCCUGCUUCCUUUCUCUCCCAGCCAGGAGCUGAGUAGACCUAGAAGAUGCUGGUGGUGCUUUGAGGUGGGCAUACCUGAACCUCUCACUGCAGUGAGCUAACAAAAGAAAAUGAGAAUGGCUCUUUGCAUUCAAAAAGCUUUAUUAGAAUGUCAGCUAGAAUUCUUAAUUAUCUUAAUUAGAAUUCAAAGCUAUGAAGAACAUUCUUAAAUAUUUAAGUGCUCUCUGCCCUUGUCCAUUAAGUCUCUUCCUGUGCAGAUCCUUUCUUUCAAUUCUUAAGUCAACCUAGACAUGUUUUGGGGGGUUUUUGCAAGCUCUGAGCCGCCCCUCUCAUCCACAGAGUUGUCCCCAUGGGAUGUUCACUCCCUGCCACUCUCAGUAGGUUUUAAACCUCUCUGACGAGCCUUACAUUGCCAAGUUUGUGUUCUUGGCUCUUUCUGCUGCCAGACCGCCCUCUGCUCGUGGAGCUCUGUCCUGUACAGGCUGAGGCACAGCCAGCCCAGGAACCUUCAUCCUCUGCUGACUGAGCCCUGCCCACCCCAGUCUCUUGGGGUGGAGUCCUCCUUGACCACGGGGACUGUGAAACCACCUGGCACAGAACCACAGCAAAGGCUGGGGCAGAUUUGGAUGGGUCUUGCCUGGUCCCUGCCCAGCCUUCCCUGCUUCUUGCAGCUGGAGAGUUCCUUCUGUCCUCAAAAGGAAAGCCUUCCAUGGUCAUCCAAGACUCUAAAUACAGAGUGCACAAGCCCACUGAGCUCAGCAGAGCUGGGAUAUUUAUGUGUGAGAGAAUUUUCCAUGAGCAAAGUGAAAAGCCCAUCAGUCUUUGUGUGUUUGGUGCCUGUGAUUAAAAAUUUUGGUCUUUGUAAUUGUUACUGAUACAUUUCAUAUGUAGUUGGCACUGUACAAACAUCUCUUCCUGUAUCUGAUUUCCAUUUUCUUUUAACUUACAUUUCUUUAAUCAUUAAUUUUGUUUUUUGUGGUGGUUUUUUCAUACACAGAUGUGGGAUGAUGCUUUUAUCUCUUCUCAGAAGGACUGUUGGUUCUCUCUGAGUUUCUCUGUAGGAUACCAAAUAUUUUCCUCUCUUCAAUACAGAUGAACCUGUUGCUCUGCAACACAUUUGUUAAUUCCCAAUGAAAAACUUUUUUUUUGUUAUUUUAAUAAGAGUCUUUUCUGUAAAGAUGUUGUUUAAAAGCAUGUAUUUGAAGUGAGAUUUUUAUUGUGACUGCUCCAAGAGGACCCUCAUAGCCUUGACAUCUGAAGUCUUCUAGAAGCAGCUAAGUGGGCUCUGUGUUUGAAGUGGCAGCACAAUGCAAAGAUGUAGCAGGAGGGAAAUGUAUUGUAUUAAUUCUAACAAACUUCAAGAAACUUAUUAUAUCAAUGAAAGUUCUUCACAUCUUUGGUUCAGGCAUGUCAGAUAUAAAGAGCGUUGAAAUCAAGGACAAAGAUGCCAGCAAAGGCUUGUGUAAGAUGGAGGACCCAGACCUCCUUAUGAAAGUGAGACAACUUCUCAUGGGCUUCUUUCAGAGAAAUAACAAUAAUAACAAUAAUAGUAAUCCACUCAGCAACAUCUCUGAACACAAAGGCUGAACAAGUCUCUGUCCUGUGAGACUGGAAGGAUUAUUUAAUAGGUAAUUAAACAUAGUCAAGGACAAUUGUCAUACAAGGUAGAAUCUGUGUUUGUGACUUUGGUUGCUGGCUCAGGUCAUCACUUGUCCCCAGAUGGGCAGGAUCAGGUUGUCAGUGCCCAUUAUAUUUAGAGAGAAAUUAUUGGCCUGCCUUGCCUGUGAGUUUGGGGUUUUUUAGCAAUAUUUGAUGUGGGUUUUUUGUGUAACAGAAACUUUCAAGAAUACAUCUAUUAUUUGGCUGUAAAAAUUGGAACAAAUCAAGGGAACUUAGAUAUCUUCCUGUUCUCUGCUUCUAGCUGACUCAUUUUAAAACUUAGAGCUGAAGAGCCUAAGUAUUGUCUAGAAAACUAAAUUUCCAGACUAGAGUGGAUUUACAAAGUCACUGACUUCGAAAGAGCAUUGUCCUAUCUCUGCAAACUACUGAGAAUUUAACUGUUGCUUUUUGAUUGGUGACUGCACUACAUAUCACAGGUCUUUACAGGUCUUUUAUUAUUUUUUAAUGUCAUAUGCAAUAUGUAACUUAGGCUCAGUAAGUGUGAAAAUAUGAAGCACCCAUGAAACUAAGCUUUUGUUCCCAAGUGAAGAUCAGUUGAAUUGAGGCAUCUCUGACAGACAAGAAUUCAUAAUCCUUUGUCUUCCAAUUGUUUAUUGAACUCUUCCUGGUUUCCAGGAUUUUUUUGUAUUUAGUUACGUUUGAAUCAAUUUGCCUGUAUAGUGAUCCUUCAAAAAAAAAACCCCAAAACCCCAAAGCCAACACAACAAAAAAAAACAACCCAUCUCCAAACCCAGCUUCUUUUGUAAAACUAAUUUCUGAUCAUCUACUGCUAUCACAUCUGUUUAUCAUCUUGAGAAAUUUUUACAUGAGCAUCUAGAACAUUGAUAAAAUGUUAAAUAAUAUUGAGCCAAGAGUUAAUCCAUGGGGAAAUCUGCUGGGAAAAGCCCCACCAAUUCCUGUCUCCCACUAAUGUGAUUACAUGAAGUUGCCUUUUGAUAUCAGUGUUUGCAAUUUUAACAUUAAUGUCCAACAAUAAAGUUGUACCUGACACUUGGGA